AUGUCCGCCGCAUCCACCGAUCCUGCACUCAAGCCAGCCCAUGAGGAUUCUAAACUAGCUGGUUCGGCCUUUUCACAAACGUCCAUACCCAGCGACAGGCCCCUCAUUUGCGUUGACCUCGAUGAUGUGCUGAGCCAGAGCAACCGUGUCGUCGCAGAAUGGCACAACGCAGCCUAUGGAACUAACAUGACGCUGGAUGACUUCUACUAUUAUUACUAUUGGAGAAAUCCAUAUUGGGGGACGCCAGACGAGACCUUCAGAAAGGUAGAAGAAUUCUACAAGACACCUAGACUCUAUGAAGCACCCCCCGUCCCGGGGGCACUCGAGGGCGUAAAGGUUUUGAAAGAACGGGGCUUCCGGCUCGUGGUGGUAACCGCUAGACAACAGCAGGAACUCCCUCGUACGGAAGAGUGGAUAGACAAAUAUUUCACCGGAAUUUUCGAGGAGAUUAUCUGCACCGGGAUGUCGCAGGAGACACUCGCUGACGAAAAGGCUAUGGUGACCAAAUUGUCCAAGGCGGACGUCUGCAAGAAACUCGGCGCGGUGCUCAUGAUCGACGACUCGCUUGAGAACGCGCUUAAGUGCGCGCACGCGGACCCACCACAGCCUAUCCUCCUUUUUGGCGAAUAUCAAUGGAACAAGCACAAGGCGGUGUACAAGAAUGUUAAAGAUGAGAUGAGCUAUGAUGAGCGGGUGAAGAAGGAGGGCGGAGAUGGGUUCUUGAAGCGGGACGAGGUAGACAUUCCGCAGGGUCAGUUCCCGGCUAGGGUAAAGGACUGGACAGAGGUCAUGCGAUGGGUUGACGAGAAUAUCAAGCUAUGA